UGUGCAGUCCGAGUACGACGUCGUGGUGCGAUUGUGGUGUUUUCUCCUGCUGAGCUGAGCGUGUCAGUCGUUCGUGUGUGCGUGUUUGGCGUGUAAACGCACAGUUUAGUGGUUGUCACUGGCACUGCUUUUGAUUGCUUUGGCUUUACUUUAGCAUAGGAGCAAGCAGGCAUUCUCGUCGCUCGGCCAUCAUCAUCAGCGCAAAGCAAAGUUAGUAUUGGCAAGAGUGUGGUUUUCUUCGGUUCCCCGAGACACGGUUGUAUCAACCAUCUUCUCGUUUGGUGUGUCGUUUUUUUUAAGUCGCGCUCCGUGACGGCAGUUUUCGGUCGGUGUGAAAAGUGUGAAUUUCGGUGGUGCACAACGUGGUUCUAAGGAAUGUGACAAAAAUCAGAUGACCACAAAAAAAAUUGAAGUUUGUACAGUGAAUUACGAGAACCACUACUGGAAGCAGCAACAGCAGCAGCCAAACUACGGCAACGACGGAAGGGAAAUAAAAUAAAUAUAUAAGAAUAAAACACGUGUAGACAAGCGGCGAAAGAGCAAAAACCACUGCUGGCAGAAGACGACAACCUUUAGUGAGAAAAAAAAGCUGCAAACGAGCAGUAGUGCAUUCAACAGCAAGAAAGUGUUCGUUCAGAAAAACCAAUCAGUGAAAAUAAAUCAAAAUCAGUACGAUUCCAUAAAUAAAACUGUUUCCAACGAGAUACGAGAGAGCGAAACGUAGAAGAGGGGUGAUAAACGUGUGUACGUGUUCUCGUCCUUCAAGUGUUGAAAAAAAUAAAUAGGAAUAAAAAGUUAAAAGUGAAGAAUAAAAGUUUCGUACCCAAGUAGAAAUAGUCAAGUGUAAAAGAGAUCCGUACCUCCGGGAUUAUCCUGGAGAGAGCUUGAAGGAAGUAACUAAAACAACAACAAACCACAACACAGAACCAAAAUGGAGGCAAUCGCAAAGCACGACUUUAACGCCACUGCCGACGAUGAGCUGAGCUUCCGGAAGAACCAGGUCCUAAAGAUUUUAAACAUGGAAGACGACAUGAAUUGGUACCGAGCGGAGUUAGACGGGAAAGAAGGACUUAUACCUAGUAAUUAUAUAGAAAUGAAAAAUCACGAUUGGUACUACGGUCGCAUCACCCGGGCCGACGCCGAGAAGCUGCUAUCGAACAAACACGAGGGCGCCUUCCUGAUACGAAUCAGCGAAUCCAGCCCCGGUGACUUCAGCCUGUCGGUCAAAUGUUCGGACGGGGUGCAACACUUCAAGGUGCUGCGGGAUGCGCAGGGCAAAUUCUUCCUCUGGGUGGUCAAAUUCAGCAGCCUCAACGAACUGGUCGACUACCACCGGACGGCCAGCGUGUCCCGCUCCCAGGAGGUCAAGCUGCGGGACAUGGUCCCGGAGGAGAUGCUGGUGCAAGCCCUGUACGACUUUGUGGCCCAGGAGUCCGGCGAGCUCGACUUCCGGCGGGGGGACGUCAUUACGGUGACCGACCGUUCGGACGAGCACUGGUGGAACGGCGAGAUCGGCAACCGGAAAGGACUCUUCCCAGCAAUCUACGUAGCGCCCUACCAUUCAUAAGAGUAAAACUAAAUAAGAGUAUUUUAUUAUUUUUUGCUAUAUAAAUAUUAUAUAUUUUUAAUGUUUAACUGAACAACAACAACAAAAAAGAUGGAAAAAAGUGAAACAACAACACACAAAAAAAAAUCCCAAACAAAAAAAAGCUAAAAUUCAAAAAAAAAUCCAGAGGCAGGCUCGGGGGCGGACCAACGUCGGUGAGCAGCCAAACCCCCGGAAAAGGUGCGAAACAAACACGUGUGAGACUGAUGCAGCGCUUACAUGUGUCUUGGCCCUCGGGGGUGUUUGCUCGCCGCGAGAACACCCACCGAUAACAAGGAAAGGAAAAUCGUUUAAAUUAUCUCAAAAGAUAAUACUAAAUCCAAAACAAACCUGCCGUGGAAGCCAAUAAAGGAGAAUGAGAAUGAGUGGAUGAUAUAUAUGUGGAAGAGAAUAUUAUGAAAAUUCGCGAUGCGAUGUAGUGCAAGUUUUAGGAAUGCGAUGUACAUUGAUAAAAUAAAUUAAAACUAGGGUUCACAUUUAUCCUUUUUUUCUCACACGAGUUGAUGAUAGUGGUUGUGGAGCAGAUGAGAUCUUGUUUGCGAUUAGCGCAUAACAACAGAUACACACACAAACACGACGGAAUCAAAAGAAAUAAAAUUCAGGUGUUUUUUCUAUUGACCCAUAGAUUUUGUCGAAGCAUCCCCAGUUCUAUCUAGAAAUAAAAAUACACUCAAAAUAAAAUCAACACCAGAUAACAGGCAGAUUACGAACGGCUGACUAAAUGUAGCAAAAAAAAAACACGAUAAUCCGAGCAUAAGUAAUGAGAAUAUGAAUCAAUUGUAGAAUAUUAGUGAACCAGAAUAACGAAUAUUUGUUUGUAGGUAGUUUAUUUUUGUUUUUGACUCUUGUUCCAUGAUGUUUUACUAUCCAUUUACCCUACGAUAUCAACUAAAGUUUCGGUUCUUCCUUCGUUUCUAUCAUUGAGAUAAAAGUGCGAUAAUUUUUCCUAAGCGAUCACAUACACAAAAAAAUCUAAUCUGUAAAAAGCCAACCGACUUAUGUUGCAUGGAAAAGCGCAAUUUUCGUCAUUAUGUGUAAUAGUUUCUAAGUAUUAAACAGUCACACAAAAGGAGAAAAAAAACAAUGGUAGGAUCAAACAUUAAAUGUAAACAUUUUAAUCGAAAAAACAAUGCCAAUCUCUGUUUCAUUAAAAUAAUUAAUGAAGAAAAACAAACAAACAAAAGCAAAGGAUUUACGGAACCCAUUUUUUACAGCCAAUCCCCAGUAGCGCUUAGCGAAAAAAAAAGUGUGUAUGACCUAAACCCCGCAUCCCGAUUGAACAAAACAAAACAUUCAGAAAAAUCUUAUACAAUGACGCAACAGUAACAAAAAAAACUUGCACACAACAACUGAAGAAAAAUGACGUUCGAUAAUAGUAACAAUAAUUUAGAAAGAGGUGAAGAAUAAAAGAAAAAAAAAUCCGCAUUAAACUGUAAGUAACUUAGAGAAGAUUAUGAAAUAUCCUCAACCAAUCGUAACAGAUAAAACAAAAAGCUGAAUAUGAAACGAAAAUAAUAUACAGAAAACAAAAAAAUGGACACUAAGAGAAAUUUGCUAGGUCUAUUCCAUACGCAACCAGCUCUGCAAAUUGACUGUACAGAAAAGCAAAAUUUUCAUUGAUUUAAAUGACAAGAUAAGAAACAGCAAUUAAAAGAGAGAUUUCGUUUGGGGAUGGAUCUCUUUUGAAGAUGCAAUAGAGUUACAAAAGCUAACAGAUCUAGGUUUUUUUUACUCUGGGAAAAAAGUCCAGCAAAAAUCGCCGCUAUGGUUAAACCGAAGUUCUUACUGCGCUUAUCUGUUUAAGAAAUUGGAUUUUAGGCAGGAAGGUGUCCCUAUUCUGCUGCUGGUUGAAUCAUUAAAAUGCUCACAUAAAUUGGCGCUUACACCUCCAUGCGCUAAAAGGAAAACUUCCUUAAAUGCUAUAGAGGGAUACAUUGAAGUUUAUUAUCUUUCUGUUACGCGGUUAAAUUGCGAAGAAAAGUCGAAAGCGUAAAAAUAAACCGCAAGAAAACUAUCCACAGCUGGCAAUUCAAUUCAACUAACCCACUAGGCAUAAAUGCAUGCAUUACACAGGUUGUAAAGGUGCCGAAUAAAUGAAGAUAUAUAACACUCCGGAUUGUGGAACCGAUUACAGAAAAAAACGGAUUUCCGCAAGACAAAAGGAAAAAAAUCCAGAAGGAGUGUCCUGAAAACCCAAACACACAACAGUCCGCAUAUUCAGCCGAACAGCACACAAAAAAGAAGAAAAAAAAAUAGAAAUGGCAAAAAACCUUAACCAGAAACGAACCAUUAUAGCAAACAGAAGAAACAAAAGCGAACCUUGAACAGCGCGCUAGUAAUAA